GAUAUUUAAUGUUUAUAAUUAGUUCGAUCUUGAGAUUAAUUGUAUUCAUUCAAAUAUUCAAAAUAAAUUUUUUAAAAAUAAAUUUCGAAACCCGAAAUUUAUAAUUCGAGUAAAUUUUUUCUCUUUUACUAAACGAGACAAAUGGAAAUAAUGAUAUCGAUAAAAAUAAAACUGACAAGGCCAAAAUAGAAGAAAAAAGUGAAUUUAAUAAUGAGCCACACAAUAAUGAUACAUUAGGUAAGCUACCGAAUUUUUGGUUUAGUUUUUAUUACCUUAAUGGUUAUUUCUACAAAAAUUAAUACUAAAACUUUUUGGAUAUCGUACCUGCACAAGUAAUCGUGAAACCAUCUCAGAUUUUUAUCGAAGAAAAUGACGAAAUUGAACAAGACCCAAAUAUAUCUGCAGAAUACGACGAGCUAUCACUUCCUUCUGAAGACUCAUACCGACCAAGCGGAUUAGACGAAUCGACGUCUUCUUCAGAAACUGAUUCUCAAGCUGGGCCUGAAAACUGGCCAACCGCUGCAGAAAAUUUUAACGUCCUAGCAAAAGAGGUACUUACUCUAAAAACACGUCGCAGAAAAGCUAACCCCGAAUUAUGGAAAAGGAAUGUAGUUAAAAAAAAGCGUCUAACUGGACAAGUAUACAUAAAUAGAAGUGGAAAAGAAGUGCAGAAGAAGGUUCCUCAAUUUCAAAACUGCUCCAAGUGUAGAUUUAAAUGCAAUUUAAAUUUUGCUGAGAGUAAGAGAAAGGAACCCUGCGACGAAUAUUGGAGUUAUGGGGAUGCUGAUAAACAAAAAAUGUUCCUUAGCUCUUUAAUCAAGAAUGUUGAUGUGGAAAGGAGGUCUAAGACUGCCAUAAAAAACAGAAGUACAUCAAGACAUUUUUAUUUGGUAAAUGGGGAUGGAGAAAAAAAACGAGUUUGUCUAAAAUUCUUUUGCAGCACAUUUUCUAUCAGCCAUAGGGUAGUUGAGCUGACUAUGAGAAAUAUUGGUCUUGGAUCUACCUAUGUAGGUCACGACAGGAGAUUGGGGAAGUGUCCUGUAAACAAAACAACUGAUGAGAAUAGAGAUUUGGUUCUAGAACAUAUAAAUUCAUUUCCAACUGUUGAGGCACACUACUGUAGAAAAAACUCAAAAAAAUUAUACUUAUCUUCUGAUCUAAACCUGUCCAUAAUGUAUCGAUUGUAUAAAGAAUUCUGCGUUGAAAAAGAUAAAGCUCAGGUGUCAGAGUAUGUAUACAGGAAACUGUUUAACGAGCUGUCUCCGCAAAGAUCGUUUUUUGUACCGAAAAAGGAUCAGUGCUUUUUGUGCAAUGCGUACCAAAGCAAAAAAAUAGAAGAACGCACUGUCCCGAUACAGGAGGAGUGGGAACAACACAAACGAAUGGAAAAGGAGGCUCUGGAUAGCAAAGCAAAGGACAAGCAAUAUUCCAAGGAUGACGGAGGUAAAACGUUUAGAUCAAUUUCAUUUGAUCUGCAAGCUAUUCUCUCUAUACCAUUUUCUGGGGAAAGUCAAAUAUACUAUAAACGGAAAUUAAACGUUUAUAACUUUACUAUUUUUGAAAAUCAUAACAACAAUGGCCUUUGCUAUGUUUGGGAUGAGUGUGGAGGUAGCAAAGGUAGUUCUGAGAUAGCUACAUGUUUAGUAAAAUAUCUUAUAAACUUGCCUCCUACAGUUAAACAUGUGACAACUUAUUCUGACACCGCAGGGGGGCAAAAUAGAAAUAAAUAUUUGGCAGCUGCAUUACUCCAUACCAUAAACAAUGGACCCCUUCAAACUAUAGAUGUAAAGUAUAUGGAAUCGGGUCAUUCAUAUUUGGAGGCCGAUUCUAUGCACGCAAGUAUUGAGCGUGCUAGAAAAAAAUUUAUACAACCCGGGAAUGGGCUUUGUUAAUUUCAUCUGCCCGGAGAAAUCCAAAGCCGUAUGAGGUAUUUGUACUUGAUUAUUCUGAAUUUUUUGACUUUACUGACCUCUUUAAUAAGUUGGUAAAAAACUUACAUAGAACGAUUGCCAUCGACGUUACGGCCAAUGAGGCGUAUACACGAGGAAACAACAGAUUUUGAUGCAGAAAGUCAGUGAUUUUCUGCAAUGAAUGAUCUUUUUCUGACAAACUUAUUUUUUGGUUUCAAAAUAACAUUAAAAGCAUGAAUAAAGUUGUAAAUCUAAUUAUUUGAAAUUGUUUAAAAUUUCUACAUUAAUAUCUAAAAUCUAUUUAUUCUGCAAGGCC